UGCAUACACACAUGACACACACACAUAUGCAUCUACACACAUGCACCUGUACAUAUAUACACAUGCAUUCACUCACACCUGCAUCCAUGCACACAUAUACACAAACACGUGUGCAUACAUAAACAUACCUACUUGAGCAAGACGGCGAGUGCACACCUGGGCUUUGCCCCAGACCCACCGCCCUGGCUCCCCUGA